AUGGACACCCUUUUAUGGUACGCGAUCGCCGAAUUACUAUUAUCAAUUCACAUUUCCUUUUCGAAUCUUCUCGUUCUGUGGGUCUACGUCAGAUCGAAACACGUGCGAACCGUCACGAAUACCUACAUAUUCUCAUUGGCGCUCACUGAUUUUCUAGCAGGUUCAUUGGGCAUUCCAUUAACAGUUGUCUCAGUGCUAACCAGAAAACCUCGCUCGUUCUACGGAUGUCUUUUUGUGCAUUUAAUCUUGUGCAUUUUGUGCACAAUUUCAACAUUUCAUAUGCUCGCAAUUGCCAUUGACAAAUAUGUGACAAUUUGCUGCCGAGAUCGAUUAUUCUCAUCGAGAAGAAAACGCGCGAUAUUUCUGCUGACAGUCGCCUGGAUAUUCGGGCUUUUCGUCGCCAUUCUUCCACUUUUCAACGUUUUCGGUUUUGCCGAAACAAAGGAGAAAUUCAUAAACGGCGGCGAAUUGUGUCAGUUCACCGUCGUCGUCGACUAUCGAUAUCUCGUCUACGUGAUAUUCUUCGCUACCAUCGUUGCACCAACCGUUAUUAUAGUUUUGCUUUAUUCGAGCAUCUAUAAAAGGAUACGGACCGAAGAACAGCAGGUCAAAUGUCUUCUUCGUCAAUCCGAACGCGAGAAACGAAUGCAAGGCCGACGAAAGUUGAUUCGAAUCCUGAUAAUCCUUGUAGUUUCUUAUGGAAUUUGUUGGUACCCGUUGUAUAUAAUCAACACGAUUGACUACUUUUGGCCGCAAUUUUCCAUCAAUAGUAUGACACUUUGGACGGUGAUCAUGUCGCACAUGUCGUGCGCUCUGAAUCCACUGAUCUACGCCUACGGAAUGCCGGGAUUCAAGAAGGCACUUCGAGCAUUUUUCAACAUUCAAACGGAUGCAAACAACACGUGCGCGAACUACUCGUGUUAUAUGCGAUCGACGGCGAAUCAGAAGCAGAGAAGCAUCAGUGUCCGCGGGAUUCCAUACGAUCAGAACUUGUCGGCGGUUCGCAAAAUCUCGGCUCCGACACCGACGAUGCUCGAUCGACAGAGAUCGCGAAGACGGCAGACCGUCGAUCACAUUGAUUUGUGA